AUGAAUCAAGCCUGGUACAUAUUCGGCAGCACGCUGCCCAUCGUCUCAGCUCUAGGCCUUCAUCGACGGUCCGGCGGAAAACGUGGAACGAGCGGCCCAAGGUCAACCAGUUUCGACUAUAUCGCCUCCCAGUGUCGUAAACGAACAUUCUGGGUGGCAUACACGAUUGACAAGUAUUUAGCUGUUGUUUUCGGUCGUCCGAGGCUCUACCACGACGACGAUAUUGACCAGGACUUUCCCGACGAAGUCAACGACGAGGACAUGACCCCGCAGGGUCGGGCAGCACACGAGCCAAAGAUGGACUGCCAAGUAGAUUCUCUCAUCUGCCAUGCGAAACUCGCUCAAUUGAUAGACCGCGUCUCGAGAGAAGUCUACUCGAUCAAGAAGACAUCAAAACAGGAGCGGCUGGAGUCCGCCCACAAGUUCAGUCGUGAACUUCACCAGUGGCGCGAGUCGCUCCCAUAUCACCUUGGCACGCUGCGCCCCAUGUCUCUCAUCCCAUCAUUCAGACGCCAAGCUACGGCGCUCAAGCUUGCGUACUGUCACGCAAUUAUGCAUGUCAAUCGACCCUUCAUUCUUGGGACGCCAGGAAACAACGGCGAAGGACAGCCUACGCCGCUGGAGGACAGCGUCGCGGAGUGCAUUAACGCGGCCAAGACCGCGCUUGAGACGGUCGACACAAUGGCCACAGAUGGAACGCUUUUCCAUGCGUUAUGGUGGACACCCUAUGUGACGUUUUGUGCUCUAGCCGUGGUGUAUGUCUGGGAAAUACAACAGAGCCGUGCCGCACCGGAGGAUGACCACGGGCUACGCCCUCUGAUCGAGCUAGCAGAGCGUUGUCAAAAUCACCUGGCCCGGGCAACCGCACCAGACAGCCCGAGCCGCAGGUACAGCGUCAUCAUCGAGGAGCUGCGACAGGAGGCUCAACGGCAACUGGCGCGCGCCCCGAGACUAGCGCAGCCAGCUACUGAUGCUCAUCCUCAGCAGCCCGAGCAACAUCCAAGCAGAAACACGGGCACGAUCGCCGCAAUGGCUAAUGUGGGCGAACUAAACACGGACGAACAAGCUGGUCAACAGAUGUUUGUGUCCGAGGGUGACGCAGGAUUUGGGGGCGUGGACUUGUUAGACGGAUGGCAGACAACGGACUGGCUGGAUCUCGACUCCUCGGCCUUUGGCCCUUUCCCUGGCUUUGAAGAUUCGCCGAACCUGUGGACAGACAACCCGCACCCGCCGAUAGGUUGA